GGUCAAAACAAUAUCGAAUAAAACAGGUAGCAGAAGCAAUGGGUGGGCUUCUUCAAUCCACACCCUAUUAGGAUGAGUAUGGGCCAAUGAAGCUAGUCUCCUAAUUUUGCUAAAGCUACAAUUCCUAAGUUGAAUAAUCUUUUCCCUGAAUUCCCAAAAUAAUGUUCACGUUCUAGGGAUUUGCUUUUCUCCCUGAAUCAUCAUCUGAAGUGCUUGAUAUAUAGCAGCGCAAGCUUCAGCCAACGAAGGGUCUUCACACCCACCCGGCCAUUUCCCAAGUCGCUGCUGCAGCCAGCCACCAGGAACCCGUCGGAGUCGCGGAAGCAUAAGCAUCGUUAUCUGGUGUUUCUGUUCAACUCAUGCAAGUCCUUUACUGCUUGUUGUAAACUUUGAAUAACAACUUUCAACUAUGGCGCUUUCUGGAACUGCCUUAUCCUUCAAUGGACUUUCUUCUACUCUCAAGGAGUUUAAUUUCUCGCCGGGUUUGUUCAUGAAUAGUUUUAACAAGCGACAUCAUGUUUGUCUGUCAUCCUUUGAGCCAAAUAGGUUGGUUUUUGGAAAAAGUGAAAGAGGAAACCAACUAUCUAUUUCUCCUAAUCAAUGCCUCAAGUUUCAAAUGAGAAGAUUAGGGACACGGCAGGGAGUAAAAAGCGAAGACUCAGAGAGUAUGUUGAGUAGCGAGAACAUUGCAUUAGAUGAAAAAACUUUAGAGGAGGAGUUACAGAAUGCAAUUGCUGAGGAGAAUUAUGCUAAAGCGGCAGAAAUAAGAGAUACUCUAAAAAGCCUUCAUAAAGAUAGCAAGACAGAAGUGCUUGGAGCAAACAGCAAGUUUUAUAAUUCAUUCAGGAAUGGUGACCUUGCAGCUAUGCAAGCCAUGUGGGCGAAAAGGGAUGAGGUAUGCUGUGUUCAUCCUGGUUUGAAAGGAAUUUCCGGUUACGACGAUGUUAUUGAGAGCUGGAAUUUUGUAUGGGCUAAUUAUGAAUUUCCACUACAAAUUAAACUAGAAGAUGUUAAAGUCCAUGCUAGAGGCGAUAUGGGAUAUGUUACAUGCAUGGAAUUUGUAAAGACGAAAGGAGGUAGGUGGGGUGGCCAAUUUGUAACGAAUGUGUUCGAGAAGAUCGACGGCGAGUGGUUUGUUUGUAACCAUCAUGCUUCACCAGUGGACAUAUGAAUUGAUACAUAGUGGUGACUUUGUCUUGCAUUUCCUCUUACCUCAUUUUAACAAUUUUUUUGUUACAACUUGAGGACACAAAUGAUCUUACAAGCUGUGGACUAAUGGAUUCAGAUGAAGUGCCUGCAGCCACAGACCAAACAUAAUUAUGUUUAGGAUUUAUGUGGUGCAAUGAUAACUUGUUGCAAAAUAGCUAGUUACCCUGUGUAUUUUCAGUAAUCUCCCUGAUUAGUCUUUUAUUCUGAGUUAUGUUGUUGACACAUACACAUUAUUUGUACCGUACCUAUGAACAUGUGAAAGCGUUUAAGUCUUAUUGGACUUAAGUCUUAACAUGGACCAGAUAAAACUAUGAGUUGUGCUAUUUGUAGCUAAGGGAAUUUUCC